AUGAGUAGUUUACGUUAUAGACGACUGAUGGAACGGAUUCCAGUGGAAAGAAGUUUCCGGAGGAGUAGAUCGUUUUCAACAAUCCCGCAAGAUAUCCACGUCACAUUUUACAACAACAGUUAUCAGAGAUCAAAAGUUUUAUUUCUAAACAAGUAUAAUGCAAUGGAAAAAAUUAUUGAAGCUGCUCACGAAAUGUUUCCAUCCGACAGAACAUAUCGAUUUUUCUCUGAUAGCACACUAGGAGCGAGAAAUGAGCUCACUGACUCAUUCCAAGUAAUGGAUUGUGUUCAAAAUCAAGAUCAUGUCCUUCCUCAAUUAUACAUUCGACUGGAAGAAACGACCCGUCGAUCCAGUUUGCAUAAUAAUUACUAUGAAACGAUCCCAAUAAUCCGAACACCAUCCCAAGUAUCUCAUCGGCAUUCCGUUCGAUUUGAUGACAGAUCGAGAGCACACAGCUCAGCCAGCAGUCAUGCGAACUUCCAUAUCCACUGCUGUCAUUGUCGUCUCCCAAUUCACGGAAGUCGUUAUCACUGUCUCGAAUGUGCUGAUUAUGAUAUUUGUGGGAAAUGUGAGAAAGAUUUGAUCCACUUCGAGCAUGCUCUUCUUCGAAUUGUCAGUCCAAGAACCACAAGGAUUCCAGAUUAUGUUAUUGCAAAUGCUCCACGUCACGUAUUUCCAGAAGAUCGGUAUUAUGUCGAAAGAGUUGUUACAACUCUAUAA